AUGGAGGACCCGGAGGACUCGUACGCCCCGCGCUCGCCCGAUCUUUCAGCCUACGACCACGGCCAGGCCGAUCCCGAGCCACUGCACCCGCAACACCAAAAGUACCGUGGCUCCAUUUCGCACGCGCCACCUCAGUCACCCUACGCGCCCCCGAACACGGCCGGCGCUUAUAAUCCGCCCGCCGGCUACUUUGCACCCCGCAACAGCAUCUCCUACCCACCACCCACCAUGGCCGCCCAAAUGAAGUUCGAAGGUGAGGACGGCCAGCACUGGUCGCCGCUCUACUCUGUGCCCACCACUCUCAAGACUGAGACCAUGGAGCCAGGUGAUCUCAUGGACGCCAAUGGCGGCAUGAUCAAGUCCGAGCCCAGGGAGCAGGCCCCGGGCGUCGCCGAAGGCAUUGAGGUCAAGACCAAGUUCCCUGCCGCCCGCAUCAAGCGCAUCAUGCAGGCCGACGAAGAUGUCGGCAAAGUCGCUCAAGUCACGCCCCACGUUGUCGCCAAGGCACUCGAGCUCUUCAUGAUCUCGCUCGUUACAAAGGCCGCCACCGAGGCCAAGAACCGCUCGUCGAAGCGCGUCUCCGCCGCCCACCUCAAGCAAGCCGUGCUGCAGGACGAGCACUUCGACUUCCUCAACGACAUCGUUAACAAAGUCUCGGAUGCACCUGCGCCCGCCGACCGCGGCGGCUCGCCCGAGGAGGGCGAGGGCAAGAAGCGCAAGGCCGGCCGCAAGAAGCGCAAGGACAGCAACGACUUUUAA